UUUCCAUGAUAACGGAUGUUUACAGGUGUUGUGAUUUAAAUCCGAUGCUUAUUGUUCACACCUGGAGAAAGGCCUGUUCGCUGCAUCGCUCCUUCCAGACAACUAUCUUUCUGAAGAGGAUGUGCUGUUAACAGCUAACGGAUCAGAUGAAAGAUGAAUUCCACAAACAUGCCAGACAACUUUCUGACUCAGAGGCUGAAUGUAGAAGAACAGCUACAGGGAGGAUGGCAUUACAGUGCUGCUCAAUAUUCCAACACGUUUAUGGUGGAGCCUCAUGCUCACCAGAUGCCCUACCAGAUAUGCUGCACUGACUAUCUCCACAGUGCCCCUAGCUGGUUGCCAUUUGGGGGCCUUCAUCAUUAUGGUCAGUUCAUGUCACAGUGGUUCUACAAUUCCCAGGGAAUGGUAUAUCACCCUGCAUACCCUUACUAUGGAUACCAGACAUCACUGGAAACAAGCCAUGAAGUUGUUGAUGCAACCAGCUUUCAUUAUCAGACAUUACAUCAGCCGAACUUUGCCUCAGACCAGGGAAUUAACGAUGAUGUCUCUAUGGUUCCAUCGUUUGUAGAGGUACCACAUCUUGCUGUAAUUCACACCGGUGGACUGGAUCUCGCAUACAACCUUUCCACCAGGGCACAGGUUCCUGCUCACCUUACUUACCAUGAUCUUCAGAGGUUUGGUGAUAGAAGAUUAGUUUUCCCUGUCCCACAUCCCUCAUUGCCUGAGGUCACAUCCCCUGAGGACAUAUCAGAGAUUCAUCAGCGUCCUGUAGAACCUGUAGAGUUUGGAGAUGCCUGUGCAGACACAGGGUCAAUGAGAUUUCACAGGUUUCACCCCCUGGACAUAGAAAAUCACUCCUCACAGCACGUAUACCCGGAGGCCUGUACUGAGCACUUCCCAGAGAGAGCAGAGUUCUGUGAUGGCCCUGUUUCUGCUGCAUCUGAAGCACCACCAACCAUGAAUUUACUCAAUUCUAUGUGCCAAGCUAACCCUGACUUUCACAACAAUUUAACUUUUAACAAUUGGUCAGGCUCAGCGUACCCAACAUUUCCUGAGGUCGCAUCCCUGGAAGACAAUACAAGUUUCUUCCAGUGUGAGAAUGAGACUUAUCAGCCUCCUGUAGAAGCAGAGUUUGAAGAAGCCAGUGUGGACUUACGAUCAAUGGGAUUUCACCCCUGGGCAACUCAAGAUCAUCACUCAGACAGUGUAGACAGAGUGGCCAGUCGAGUCGAGUGCAGUGAUGGUCUUGUUUUAACAACAGAAGCAGCUUCUAAUCAUUAUGAUCCACUGUGUCCUACUAACACAGACUUUGAGGACCUUAACAAUUGGUCGAUCUCAGUGGACCCAAUGUUUCCUGAGGUUACAUCCCUAGGGAAUUCCAUGAUGUUCUUGCAAUGUGAUCCUGAGGCUGAAAUAUUAGAGACUUAUCUGCCUCCUGCAAAGGCAGAGUUUGCAGAAGCCUGUCCAGAACCAGGAUCAAUGGGAUUUGAGGACUCGAUGGACUAUAAAGAGCACUUUCCAGAGAGAGCACAGUUCUGCGAUGGUCUUAUUUCUACAACAGAAGCAGAUUCUACUCAUUAUAAUCAACCAUGCCUUGCUACAACUGACUUUAAGGACCUUAACCUUUGGUCAGACUCACUGGAAGAUACCACAGAGUUCUUUAAAUGUGAGCCUGAGACUGAAAUAUCAAUGAUUUCUCAGCCACCUGUAGAAGUAGAACUUGGAGAAGCCUGUGCUGACACAGAGUCAAUGAGAGUUCACCAAACAAUGACUCAAGAUCACUUCUCAGACCAUGCAGACCUGGUGGAUGGUACUGAGCACUUCCAGGAGCGAGCAGAGUUCUGCGAUGGCCCUGUUUCUACAACAGAAGCAAUUACUACUCAGUAUGAUCAACCGUGCCAUGCUCAAACUGACUUUAAGGACCUUAACAUUUGGUCAGACUCACUGGAACCAACAUGUCCUGAGGUCACAGCCCUGGAUGAUACCACAGAGCUCUUUCAGUGUGAGCCUGAGGCUGAAACAUCAGACAUUUCUCAGCUUUCUGUAAAGCCAGAGUUUGGAGAAGCCUGUGCUGAAACAGGGUCAAUGACAGUUCACCACACAAUGACUCAAGAUCACUUCUCAGACCAUGCAGACUGUACUGAGCAGCUCCAGGAGCGAGCAGAGUUCUGCGAUGGUAUUGUUCCUACAACAGAAGCAGCUAAAACUACUAACCCAGACCUUCAGAACCAUAACAAUGAGUCAGGCACACUAAAGGACCUAAAGCAUCCUGAGGUCACACCCCUAAAAGACACCAUGAGCUUAUGUAAGAUUUCCCAGCCUCCUGUAGAAGAAUCUGAGCCAAUGCAGAUAUAAGGGAGAGAUUAUCCCCCUGAGACUAAAGAUUUAUAGACCUGUAAAUAGUUCUGUGAUAGCCGUACAUUUCUGUGAUAGCUGUUUAUCAUAUUGCAUUAUAUAUUUGAUAUCGAAAUAAAGUCAAGUUCAUGUUCA